AUGUGGUUUUUACCAGCAGUAAAAAAUGGGGGCGCAAUUGCUAUAUUUCGUUCUCCCCAUCCAAUUUCUAUAGUCGCUCUUUCGUGUGUAGUUUUGUCCCUCCUGCAUCAAGGUUGCAGAAUAUGCACCCUCAAAAUUCACAGGCAAUAUCAUGACAGUACAACCACACUACAACAAGUACAAGUACAAGUACAAGUACUCGCACCCUUCAUCAGUCUGAAAACAGACAUGGCUCCUCGAAAAAGUAAAAACCAGCUGCGGCGAGAGAAGGCCAAGGCUGCCAAGCUUGCGGCCAAGGAAGAAUCCGUCAAGCCGACAGAGCAGGCCGCUUCUGCAACGACAGUUCCAUCUACAACUACAUCCGCAACCACCAAACCAGCAUCUACAAGUUGGACAGCGUUUACGGUUGAGAUUGACGAGAAUGACGAAAAGUUUGCCGAAUUCCAGCGCAUCUUUGAGAAAUUCGACCCCGCCAAUGUCCAAACCGAGCCGGAGGAGAAGCCCACAGCCACCGACAGCAUGAUGUACUCGGACGACGAAGAGUACGAGGAUGACGACUAUGUGGACGAGAAGCAGCAGACGUUAGUUAGGUCGAAGAAGAGGGAGAAGAUUCCGCUUGCAGAGCUCAAGGCCAGCACGUCCAAGCCCGAUCUGGUGGACUGGCACGAUGCCGAUGCCAUGGAGCCGUUCCUGCUGGUGCAUCUGAAAUCGGCACCCAACGUGAUCCCCGUGCCUUCGCAUUGGACACAGAAGCGCGAGUACCUGAGCUUGAAGCGUGGUUUCGCCAAACAGCCGUUUGAGCUGCCUCAGUUCAUCAAGGACACAGGCAUUAUGGACAUGCGGGAGACUGGAGCCGAGGACGAAAGUACGCUCAAACAGCGGGCAAGAGAACGGGUCCAGCCAAAGAUGGGCAAGAUGGAUAUCGACUACCAGAAGCUGCACGAUGCAUUCUUCAAGUUCCAGACUAAGCCUCGGCUCUACGAGUAUGGAGACCAGUACUUUGAGGGCAAGGAGUUUGAGCCUGAUCUGAGCAAGUACAGACCUGGAGUGCUUUCCAAGGAGCUUCGAGAGGCUCUCAACAUGCCCCCCAAUACCCCCCCGCCUUGGUUGUUGCAAAUGCAGCGGUUUGGACCCCCUCCUUCAUACAAGGAUCUGCGCAUCCCAGGUGUCAACGCCCCCAUUCCUUCUUCGGCACAAUGGGGCUUUCAUCCGGGAGGAUACGGAAAGCCACCACUGGACGAGAACAAUCAGCCUCUCUACGGCGAUGUUUUUGGACAGAAUGUGGUCAAGCGGUCCACCGAUGUUGACAAGUCGUUAUGGGGUCAGCCUGGAGAAGAUGAGGAGUCUUCUGAAGACGAAGAUGACGACGAAGAGGAGGAAGUGGAGGAAGAAAUCGACGACGAAGGCCAGGGAUACGUCGAUGGGGAUGUUGCAGAGGCUCAAGAGCGUUACCAGGAGGAGCAAAAACGGUAUCGGGGACCCACAGAGCAGGCUCGAGAAGAGGCUCCCUUGGAUCUUCGAAAACGGCGCCACGAAGAGGUGGAGGAGGAUUCUGGAGAGAAGACUCUAUAUCGAGUGCUUCCCACCAAGAAAAAGGCAAUUACUCAGCUCAUGGACACGGAUUUUGUUUAUGACAUGAGUGGAGAAGGAGCUAAGGGUGAUAAGAAGGAGAAGGAGAAGGAGAAGGGGACGGAGACUAGCAGGGACGAUCUGCAAUCAAACAUUGACAACUUGUUUGAUAGUGUUCGGGGUAAAUAG